GGGGGAGGAUCCUGUGGUAGCGUAGCCUCAAAAGGGACGAACAGCUAGCACGACUGCAGCUAAAUACUAUUGCAUUUUUCUUUGCACUCGGGGCAAUUUGUUGUUUUAAAGUAUGAACGAAGGUGAUUUUACAGCAGCUCGGGGGAGAAAACCAGCGGUUCUCGACAAAGUCGACAUGUCAUUAGAUGACAUCAUCCGGUUGAACAAAAAAGAGCAACAGUUGAAAAGGAGACAGGGCCCAGCGACACGCCGACCAGUCAAGAAGAAAGGCCGUUUAACCCAAGCAAAGGGACUUACACCAAGAACUGCUGGAGCUUUCCAGAGAGGAGGUGGCGUUCCCCGAGGAGGAGCAUCUAAAUUAAGAAACAGAAGAGUCCCUCCCCCACCUGUACGGCGAAAGGGUCAAGGGGUUAUCACAGGACUGGCAGCCAGGCGGCCAGGUGCCCUGCUGAAACGAGUUGGCACACUCAACAGAGCAGCAAUCAACCAGAAAGCAAGACAGAAAACAAAGCCCUUCAUUCAACGCACUGAAGCCCCAUACAGGAAGCCAGAGGUACAGAGGCGGCCGUACAGGCAGCCUGAUCCACACAGAGUCCAGAAUGCAACAGCGGUCAGGAGACCGUUUCAGCUGCGACGACGACCACUGCCGCCUGUCCAGCAGACUCAGAGGGAAGCACGACAGGCCACGUUUCUUUUCCACAGAGGACUCAAGGUACAGGCCCAGGUGCAAAAGCCGAGUCCUCGCAGUCCUCCAGUCAGAACUCGGCAGUGGCGCACAUCGACAACCAGCAAUGGGAUCUUGACCGUUUCAAUUGACAACCCCACAGCCAGGACUCAGCCUGAGCCUCCCACUGCUUGGACUCUGCAUCCUCCAGCUGUCAUUUCUGCUCCUGUCAAGGUGGAAACAGCAGAGAAGAAAAUACCAAAAGGAGUGCCUCUGCAAUUUGACAUCAACAGUGUUGGAAAACCGCAAACAUCGAUCACCCUCAAUGAGCGAUUCCGCAUCCUGAAAGAUCGACGCACCGCCACGGCACACAUCAGCAAAGGCAGCCGAUUUGUCACUGUGGGUUAGCAGACAAGAAAACAGGCAACGAGUAGAUAACACUCCGAAGACCUUUCGUCCUGCUCAGACCCACACAGUGAACCCCACCUUUGUGACGGAUGGGACGUGCGGACCCACUGACUGACUUUACUAACAGGAGGGAGGUGACAGUGGGGCGACAGGCACGACGGCUCGUCUGUGAGAACUCAAGUGUGCAGGUGUCAGUGGAAGGGUUUGUUUAAAAUAAGUUCCCAUUCAUUGUCGAUAUCAUUGUACUCCGCUGUUUGUAUUGUGGAUGUCUUUACUGGGAAGGAAGGAGCUUUUUUUCCCUCCACUUUGGACUGGAACAGGUGACACUAUCAUGAAGGCCGCUCGGAAGUAUUUCUUUUCAGAGAGGACCUCUAUGUAUCUGCUCGGGUGGCACGUUUGUCUCUAUACCUUUUUUGUUUUUUUGGAAUUGUUUUGUAAUGUUUCUUCAAAUAAAUGAGUUUCUCUUUAAAGAUCUGGUAUACAGCUUCACAUCAGUUCGGAGCACACUGUGUGAAACGCUUUGUCUUCUCCUGUAAUCAAACAGCGCCAUCUGGCUGUCAGAUAUAAACCAGCCACCUUCUUUCUAGCAGGGUAACUCAGCUUUUUUUCAACCUGAACUCUAAUUAGGGGUUCAAUCCUGACAUUGUUUGUCCUGUUUUUGCAAAACUCCAAGGACAUGUGUCGUAACAGUGGUUAAGUACGUGUUAUUGUGAAACAGCUGAAUAGAGGUGCCACAAGCUCCAAACAAUUACUCUGGCCUUGUGCAAAUUUGGCUGUAAAUCAGUCACAGUUUAUCCAAACAUCUCCACCCAAUGGAUAUUUUUAAUAAAGCUGCUGAAACAUGCCCUCAAAUGUUUCUGCAGUUGACCACAAGGGUCAUCAAAGGAGAGCAUGGCUCAGCAGAGAUUUGGUUGUAGUUGAAUAAGCAUCUCUCUGAUUGUCAGAGAGCCUGUGGGUUAAUAAUGCAAGUGUUGUGAACUGUCAAAGGUUUUGAUCCUUCCCAGCUUUCAACUUAUAAAGGUCCAUGCCGGCUUGAACCCCUGAAUCACAGCUUGCGGUUAUAUAUCCUCAGGUAUUGUGUUUAAUAGUUUUUAAGAUUGUAUAAGGCAGCAGGCUGCAGUGGAACCACUCAGGGCACAUUCACGCUGUCAAUGUACGUCCUUUUUCUUUCUUAUUUCUCUUGGACCCUUACAGAGAGGCCUUUUCUUUAAAGCAGGGGUGUCAAACAUAUGGCUCAGAGGCCAGAACUGGCCCGUCAAAGGGUCCAAUCCAGCUCACUGGAUGACAGUUGUGCAGGCUGAGAGGUGCCAUGAGCAAUUUAAACAGUGAGUAGCUUUCGUCAUGCUUAAUGCUGCUUCAGAGGCUUUUCACCCUGACCAGGAGACAGUUCUUUUCUUUCACUUAAGUGUGAUGUGGUGAUGUUGGGAUUACUACACAGGAGUGGAAAUGUACAGAAAAAUGCACAUGUAAUGACAUGAGUAGUCGACAGACUGAAUGUGGAAAAACUGACAAAUAUUGUUGAAAUUGUGUUUAUUCCUCUGAAGACCUCACAGGCUGUUUGUCAUCUGUUUCGUAAAUGAUUAGCGUUUUUAAAAUGUUUACUGGUUCGGCCCACCCGCGAUCAAAUCGAAGAACGAAAAUGAGUUUGACACCCCUGCUUUAAAGAUUUAGAUCCUUUUUUGUUUAACCAGAAACAUCCCCAUUGCCAAACCCACCAGACUCCAUUUAAAAAAACUAGUAAUUUUACUGUGUAUAGAGCCAGCACAUUUUCACAUCUAAGUCUGUAAACUAAGGGUUUAUUUUAACCAAACCAGACCUGGUGGUUGUUGGAACAGUGAAAAGACAAAUCAAGAUGGUUUUUGUGGGAUUUAUUGGGUUCCUAUCGACUCUAGAUGAAGCGUGUUUUAUGGUGAUAAAAUUACUGAUUUUUUUAAAUGGAGUCUGGUGGGGAGCUGUUUCUGGUUCAACAUCUACUCUUUAACAAACAGCUCUCUCUGUAGGGAUCCUUUCAGUAAUGUUGUCAGACACUUUAAAAACAAUCUGAGUCUGUCAGUGCCAAAACCAAACACUUACAGGAGACAUUAAUUGAUGGUGUGCAAGUGCCUGGUGUUUACAUUGCAGCCUUUUUUUGCUGCUGGUUGAAAAAUGCUUAAGUCCUUUUUAAUGUGGCCAUGAGAAGUACUUGAGUACCCAGAAAACACACGUACACACUUUUGGCAUCUAUAAGUGUGUCCUGAAUCUUGCUCUUGUACAACAGUGGUUCCCAACUUAAGGGUCUCAACCCCCACUAGGGGCCGCCAGAGCAUCACAGGGGGGUUGUGAAGCCUUCUAGAUUUUAGAUGUGUAAGAAAACGUUUUAAAAAAUAUACAUAAUAGGCCUAUAUAUCAGCAUUUCAUUCAUUUCUGUGAGGAAAACUAAAUGAAAUUGUCUGGGAAUAACCUGUAAUAAUUAAUCCAAAUAGCUUGUUUAACAGUUAAUUCUACAGUUUAUCAGCUGUUCUGUACUGUUACAUGAAAUAUCCAUGAAAUAUGUCACUUAGUCAGGGGUACUGGAUGAUAUGAAGGAGGCCCCUUCAAGAUGAGGGUUGGAAACCACUGUUUUAGAGGGUAAAAAGAAGAUCCAGCGCUUUAUCAUGAGCAAUUUGAGCUUCCAGAUGUUGGCACAUAUUUCACGUAGUGUUCCAGUCAAUUGUAAAAGGUUACAAAUGUUCUCAACACUAGACUGUUUUACACUGCAUUGUUUUAAUAAACCGGUUUAUGCAACUUUGUAAGAAAAGAAAACGGACAUAUUUUGGAAUCUGAAUAUUGCUUUUAUUUAAAUACAUUAAAAUUUGCAAUGUAACAAAACUAUUGGCAUAUGAAAUUCAAACACCAUUUAAAUGAACAAAACAUGGCUCACUUCAUUUUUCUGUGACUAGUGUCAGUAACACUAGGUUAUUUUCCUCUCCGCUCCGCAUCAUUUCACCCCCUCCCUCCCCCUGCCCCCAUUUACACUGUUCACAGACUAUCUUACAAUAAGAGUGCUGAAUAAAAAUGAGGUAAGAAAGUGGUUUGAAGAUUACAGAUCAUGCAGAACAUGCCAAACAGCAACAAAAUAUUUUGUGAAGGAGGAAGUAACAAAAAAAAAAAAAGAAAAAUACAUGAGUGUGCAUUUAAAAAAUAAUCAAUUUACACAGCUUUGCAUCUUUGGUUACAAAGUAGGUUGAAUGAUUUCACAGCUUUCCCCCCCCCC